AUGGGGGCGCGGUGGGCGCGGUGUGCGGCGUUGGCGCUGGCGUGGUGCGCGUGCGCCGCCGCGCCCGCCAGCCCGCCGCCCGCGCCCUCAUCCGCUCCUAUCUCUUGCGACCCGCUACUGCUGAAGAAAACACCACCUCUACCACAAAAUGUACGUGAUUAUGAGGCUGCUGUUGCACAAACCGCCCGAGCUUUAUCCGAGCUGGUAGAGCAGGGUGCAGCGGACGAAGUAAGAGCAGCCGCUCUUGCACGAGCCGCAGCGCGGGCUCCUCUCAAUCCACCACCAGCUGCUGUCGCACUCGGAGCUCCGCAACUACAUCUUGGCAUAUUAUACAUCGCAGAACCAUCGAGACUAAUUAUAUUCCAGCAAAACAACUCAGCCACUCUUCAACAAUUCUGGCGAACAUUGGCUUCAGCCUGGAAUGCAAGCCUUGUGCUGUGGUCAAAUGCGUGGUACUCAUGCGAGGGCAGUCCGGGCUGGUGGGGCGGCACGGCAGCGGCACGUGGUAGUGGAACAGCUCGUGCUGCUGCCGCUAUUUUUCGCCGUAUAACCGCUCUACCAUGUGAAGAAGCAAUGUACGAAUGGUUAGGCGGACCACCUUUAUGUGACCCAGUUACAACGGAUUGCGAAGCUUUUCCGUCUGAAAAUAAAGACCUUAAACUUGAGUAUAAUUGUAAAUGCAGCUCGGGUCAUUGGCACGCAAAUGGUGGAGGAUGGAUUGGAAAGUCCACCCUCUCUAAAAGUGGACAUAUGAAAUGCACGCCGUGUGGUCUGGGCAGCAACCCAGUCGCCUGCCUCGCCGAUGCCUAUCGCGCUUCUUUACUGGCCGCCAACCUCGCUGGCAUGCUGCUCUGUCUCGUUAUUGGAUUAAUUAUUUUCAGAAAAAGAAAAUGUAAAGCGGUUGCAAUGAGCAUGUGGACCGUGCUAGAAGUGGUUCUUCUGGGUGCAAUGCUGAUGUAUGCUUCGGCGGCGUCUCAGUACAUAUCAGUAGCACGCUGGCGAUGCGUAGCGGGCGCGUGGCUGCGCGAGCUGGGUUUCGUGGCGUGCUACGGCUCCGUCGUGCUGCGGUUGUGGGUGCUGCUCGCGGAGUUCCGCACGAGGAAGGCGCACCGCUGGACACCGAGGGACUCUGAGGUGCUGAGGAUAGUAGCAGCGAUGGUGCUGGGCGCAGCUUGCUACCUGUCGGCGUUCACUGCGACGACGGCGUGCGAUGAGGACGCAAGCGCGGGUUGCGCGCGCGCCGCCUGGCACCACGUCACCGCCGCCGCCGAGCUGCUGCUGCUCGCUGCGGGCUUGCGGAUCGCGCACGCAGCCAGGAACGCUAACGUUCCCUUUCAAGAGCGCGGCUGGCUGGCGGCGGCACUGUGGGCGGAGGGGCUGUGCGGCGCGGCGUGGCGCGCGGCGGCGCUGGCGGGCGCAGCGCCGGAGCGCUCGGCGCUGGCGGCGGCGGCGCGCGCGCACCUGUCCGCCGGCGCCGCGCUCGCCUGCGUGCUCGCCCCGCGCCUGUGGCACGGGUACCGCGCGCGCUCACUUGCGCAGGAGGUAUCACGCCGCGGCCCAGCUGAGGGGUUCGGUGUGGAGGGCGAAGAGGAACCCACGUCUGAGGAAGUACGUGCAGAGCUGAAGCGGUUGUAUAUGCAGCUGGAAAUAUUGCGCAACCAGACGUUACGGCGCGACAACCCGCAUAUCAGCAAACGACGCGGGGGGCGGAAACCGCCUCACAGGCGGUUCUCGUUGCAGAAAAAAGGCAGUCGUGAAAAGGCUCUACAAGCUCGUCGUGGGGGGAAGAACAAAGGAGGCAGCGCAAGCGCGGUGGAGGCGAGUGAGGUGGGAGACGGGUCACGUACUCCGGAGGACUCGGUGUGUUCCGCUGAGGGCCCAUCGCACUACACGGACGGAGACACACAGGCGUGA